GGGCGAGGAGGAGGAAUCGCGGAGGCAACGGUGCUGUUCGCAAAACUUUUCGGUGAAUUCAGUUGAUUAUCGCGGUUCUCAGGAAGGGAAAAGAAGUCGAAUAGCGGUGGAUCAUCAGCUAUGGAAGCAAGGAGGACAACGAGAAUGGAUACUAGCAGACACGCUGCUCUGUGGGCGUGGUUUUGUCUUCUGUUCUUUCUCUCAAAUCAUGGCGGCGAUGUCGGUUAUGGGGGCAAUGGGAGUGGUGCCGUCCUGUUAGCCUCUGCUCAGAUUACAGAUCCCAGCGCAGCUUCGGUCGCUUCCGUCGCGGCUAACGACUCCAUCUUGUCCUCCUCCCCCUCUCAAACGGCUCCAGCAUCACUCUCGGCGACUCCUACAAUACCAACAGCUCCAGCAUCGCUAUCGUCAACUCCAUCACCAUCGACAAUCCCCACAACAUCACCAUCAACCACCCCCACGGUACCCACAACUCCAGCAUCGCCACUUUCGACCCCUCCGGUAGCCACACCUACAAGGUCAUCGACAAGUCCGCCAUCGCCAACACCUCCAGCAUCACUCUCAACAACUCCGGCGACAUCGAAAGGAGUUGGCGUCAACAUCGGAUUCGGCUACAGCACGACGCAGAUCAACGCGAGUGAGACGGUCGCCAUCUUGAAGAAAAUCAGCGCUGUUUCUGUCAAAUUGUUCGGCGACUUCGUGGACACUCCCGCGGGCGUGGCGUUCAUCGACGCACUUGCAGGGACUGGAAUCGAUGUAGUGAUCCCUGUCAGCUCCUCGCAGAUUGCUACGCUUGCCUCCGACUACAACGCAUCUCGGGACUUCGUUCAGACCAAGGUCAAAGCCCGUCUCGAUCUAUCAGUCAACAUCUCCACCAUCGCGGUUGGCAACGAAGUUCUUCUCCCAGACUAUGGCACUGCUUACUGGGCCACGAUCGUUCCCGCAAUGGUGAAUGUCCACAAAGCACUCCAGGAAUUUGCUCUGGACCAGACCAUCAAGGUUGUCACCCCCCUCAACUUCAAUUGUCUGUCGAAUACCUACCCUCCAAGCUCGGGAGUAUUUAACCAAUCCUACACCGUUACAAUAAAGCCUUUGCUGCAGUUCCUGAAUGAAACGGGCUCCCCGUUCAUGGUGAACAUAUACCCCUUUUAUCCGACAAGGGACCCCACUAAAAACAUUAUGGUCGAUUUUGCGCUGGGGGUCCCUGGCAGCAAGAUAGACACGGACCCGGGCAGUAACUUGAGUUACACAAACAUGGUGGACAUGAUGAUGGAUGCUCUUGCCUUUGCGAUAGAGAAGGAAGGCUUCUACGGGAUCCACUUAGCCGUCGGAGAAGUGGGAUGGCCAACGGAUGGGCACCAGAUUGCGACGGUUGGGAAUGGAGAGAAGUUCAACAACUACCUUGUCGGGCAACUGAUGAGCGGGAAGGGAACACCCAAGCGUCCGGGCGAGGACGGGUGGAUGCAGGUUUACCUGUUUGAGUUGCUGGAUGAAGACCUAAAGCCAGUCAGGGAUGGCAAUGGACCCUUCGAACACCACUGGGGAAUUUGCUACCUGAAUGGAACAGCCAAGUACCCAAUUGACUUGACGAAAGGAUGGAAUGCUACGACCCCUCCUCCUUCCACUGGGGCCCCGACCAGUCCUGGGUCCGCCUCUGCUCCAUCUCCAAGCAGUUGUGUUCCUGGUGACCGGGGGGGUAAUGCAAAGAGUCCGAAUCAAACUCUUGCUCUGACUGGAGGUCCAAACACGUACUGUGUUGUUAAUGACUGUACUGCAGAUGCGUCUAUUCUGGUAGCCAUCGACUGGUUGUGUGGGCAAACUAACAUGAGUUGUGCUGCCACCCAAGAAGCCGGAGUGUGCUUCGUACCGGACACUCCCGUAAGCCAUGGAUCCUAUCUGUUUAACAGCUACUAUGUUAGCCAGGGAAGGCGGCCUAGUGCUUGCAACUUCGAAGCCUCGUAUUACCGAAGAUUCAUCAAGGGCUUCGCGGCGAUUGCGAGACCCCUCACAAACCUCCUGCGCAAGGAUCAGCCGUUGAUCUGGACAUCGGAGUGCGAUCAAGCGUUUUCCAAACUCAAGGCUGCUCUCAUUUCGGCCCCGGUCCUUAUAAGACCGGAUCCCGAAAAGCCUUUUGUUCUCAUCACUGACUGGCAGCCAGAGGCGAUUUCGGCGAUCCUUUCCCAGGUGGGACCAAGCGGACUCGAGAGUGUGGUGGAGUAUGCGUCCAAAUCUGUACCUGCCUGCAAACGCAACUACGCCGCUCCGAUAGGAGAAUGCUAUGCGGCUCUAUGGGGAAUCAGUCACUUUCGUGCUUACCUGUAUGGGCGAAAGUUCACCCUGGUGACUGAUCAUGAGCCCCUGUUGGCUCUGAAGAAGUCGAAGGAUUACUCGGGCAUGAUCGCGCGAUGGGCAACGGUGCUGCAGAGCAUGGACUUUGACAUCCGUCAUUGGAAGCACGAGAGACACGGGAACGCGGACGGAUUGAGACGGUUACAUAGGCCUGAGAAAGUUCUGAAAAGUGAGGAGGUGAUUCCGUGGAACGAACCCGAGCAGAAGAUUGGACCUCGAUACGGCCAAGUGGAGAUUUUGUUGAAGCAAACGAGCCACGUCACCACAGCGGCGGGAUUCACCGGUGACAUCAGCUUGGUCAACCCGCAGAGGCAUACUGCGAUCUUGGCCUCGCUGCGCGAGUGGACGGAGCAAGUGUCCAACGUGUGGCAGCACGUCCUCGCUCGAGAAGGAUAUAACAUCAUUCCGAUCUCUGCAUCGGACCUUGACGGCAUUCGCCGAGCACUGCGUGAGCGGCCAGUUACUUUUGAGGAGUUGUCCUUCUGCCUGACCCGAGUACAAGUGAAGUGGACAGGCACUAUCGAGCACCCCACGUGGAUCGAGAAUCCGGAGCUGCUGAUCGUACAGGGUUGGAGGACUAACGGAGAAGGAGAUCUUAUUGGGUUCCUCUUUGGAUCGGUACAACCGGGUCGUCGUCGGUUGAUUGCACAGGAGCUCAUCGCACCGAUCGUGCAAUUGGCUGACGAUCUCUCGCCCGACAUCUACUUUCAGAGUGACAACAGUCCUGCUCCGUACAUUUUCGAGCGAUCCUUGGAUCCGUACCUUCAGUGGACUUCGUGCUUUGAGGAACUUAGGGACGAGGAUACGCUACCAUCGCGGCAGGAGUAUCUGAAGCCGUACGAGGUCAUCCCUUACGCCUUCUACCCGAGGGCAGAAGAAGUGGUGAUCAACGACGACGAAGAAGAAGACAACGACGAGGACGUUGGAGGAGGGAAGCCAUAGUGAACGUAGCGAGGGCGAGCCGAGUGAGGAGGAAGAGAAAGAAGAAGGAACCGGGUCCGAGAGGGAAGCCCCGCCGGAAGAAGCGACGCGUGCGGGAACAG